AUGGAGUCUGAGCAAACUACCCAGAUCAGCGAGGCAAGGCGCAAGAACGCGCGCAUCGUCGGAGACGAGCUGGCAGCUCUUCUUCCGGAUGAAGAGACGCCUUGGUAUCGUCAAUCUCAUCUUCUCAGAUUGAACCUCUACCUACUCGUCUGCAUGUCCUAUUCCGCCGCUACCGGCUACGACGGCGCGCUCAUGAACGGUCUUCAGUCUCUCGAGGACUGGCAGGAAUUCAUGAACUACCCAACCGGCGGUUGGCUAGGUUUUGUCAACGCAAUCAACUCGAUUGCCGGGCUUCUCGGUCUGUCUGCAAUCGGCUAUCUCACCGAGCGAUUCGGUCGCAAGAUGCCGAUGCUCAUCUCGACCUUUUUCAUCUCCUUGGGCGCAGGGAUUGGAGCUGGGUCUGUGAACGUCGCGAUGUUUAUCAUCGGCAGGUUUUUUAUUGGCCUCGGUGCUUCGUUUACCAUGGUCCUGAUCCACACCCUGCGCAUCCCCGAUUCGCCGCGCUGGCUGAUCUCCAAAGGCCGCUACGCCGAGGCGCGUGUAGUCCUGACAAAGUACCACGCGGGCGGCGAUGCGAACUCGUUGCUGCACGCCCGGAAACCGGCACCGCUGUUUAUCACCAUCACGCUCGGCAUUUUUGGGCAAUGGAACGGCGCCGGCGUCGUGAGUUAUUACCUCUCGAUCGUGCUGCGGUCGGUGGGGAUCACGUCGGUGACGAAGCAGACUUUAAUCAACGGCUUUUUGCAGCUAUGGAACUUGAUCUGCGCCGUGCUCUCGGCCAUCUUGACUCCUGUUCCUCACGUCUGGCGUCGGCAUGCUGUUUUCGUACGUCAUGAUCACGUUUCCCUCUCUGGAUCGUUUGCAAACACGGGCAACAACGCGAUCGGACUCUCGAUGAUCCCGUUCUUGUUCAUAUACUACGGCUUCUACGACAUUGCCUACACGCCGCUUCUGUAUGCAUACCCCGCCGAGAUCUGGAACUACCUCAACCGCGCGCGCGGCCUAGUUGUCGUGCAGGUAGCUUCAUAUCUAGCCUUGAUCUUCAAUCUUUUUGUGAACUCGAUCGCGCUGGGUAAGAUCGGGUGGAAGUAUUACUUUGUGUUUCUGGCGAUCCUGGUCUGCCUCAUUCUGACUACGUACUUGGCCUAUCCGGAGACGCGAGGACAUACGCUCGAGGAGAUUGCGCAGGUUGAGCAGCAGGUUGGAGAGAUCAUGGCCAAGAUGCGCGAGAAGGGCUUACAUGUCGAGCUCGUUGAGGAGACCGAGAAUAAGCCUGAGAAAGACUAA